ACGAAUCAAGGUGAACGGGUCGUCAUGAAAUUGAUGCAAAAUUAUAUGGACAGCGGUAGGACUGUUUAUGCUGACAAUUUUUUUUCAACAUACAACUUGGCAGAAAUGUUGAUGAAUCGUAGAGUGGCUUUUGUCGGUACCGUAAGAAAAAAUAAGACCUUCAUUCCGCAUGAAUUGCUUAACCCGAAGCGUGAUGUUAAAAGCACUUUAUUUUGUUAUCACAAUAAUAAUAUCGGUCUGUGCUCGUAUAUGGCAAAGCCGAAAAAGCCAGUAAUUAUGUUAUCCACUGCCCAUUACCGUCAAAGCACCGAUCCAUUGAAGAAGAUCAUAUUUUGGACUACAAUAAAUUUAAAGCGGGGGUAGAUACAAUGGAUCAAAUGUUGACUGGCUAUUCGUGCAAACGCUCGACAAACCGUUGGCCACUGGCAAUGUUUUAUAAUAUGCUGGAUAUUGCCGGUUUGGCCUCAUUCAUCAUCUAUGACGAGCUGAAUCCGGCAAAGCAGAGUGAUAAGAGGCGCUCAUUUAUCAUUGAAUUGGCACGGCAGCUAGUUAUUCCACAUAUGACGAAACGGGCGACUAACCCAUUAGUAUGGAGGUUUGCUCAUAUAAAACAAGCAAUGAAUCUUUUCAAUAUCAAGGUACCGGAAUCUUGUCCAUCGACAUCAGAUGCAACACAGCAACAAUCAUAUGCUCAAGUUGCUUCAAAACGGUCAUCGUGCUACCAUUGUGCUGCUUCUUCUUCGAAAAAGCGACGUAAAACUCGUUAUAACUGCAGCAAAUGUAAUCGUCCCAUAUGUCUUAAUGAACAUUCCAUGCAACUAUAUAGUUGUAAACCCAAUUGCUCUUCAUAAUUAAUACUAAUCCGUUCAAAUAAAUAAAUAAAAUUAUUUUUAAAACCGUAUUUCUUACAUUAUUUUUAUGGGUCUGGGCAGACCCUUAUGAUGCACUUACCGCAUCAUAAGGCACCGAACA